CCAGUUGCCCACGCCUUUCACUCAGUCAAGUAAAGUCGAGGAUAUUCAGCAGCCACGUCUUGUAACGGAAUCACCUCGCCAUCUACUGGCAGUGACGAGCAAACUAAAACGUUUUACCUUGACGGUGAGUUUGAUCACAGGAGCUGCAUUUAUAACGAUAUUAUUAUUAUUAUUAUUAUUAUUAUUAUUAUUAUUAUUAUUAUUAUUAUUAUUAUUAUUAUUAUUAUUAUUAUUAUUAUUUUGUAAAUAAAUUAAAUCAUCUUUAAAUUUAAAUGUAUUUAUUCCCAAGCACAUUUCAUUUUAAGGUGUUGACGUGAGUACACUAAUUCUGCGAUGUAUUGACAAUUGUAUUUCUUAUAUUUGCGACAAAAUGUUAGGCGUUGCAAUUACUUUCACAACCAUUAAUCCACAAUAAAUGCGGUCACUAUUUUAUGCACUUGUACUCAUGUAUGCUUCGCUUUUACCAUUAUCAAAUAUUCAAAGACAUAAAGAAAAAGAAAACUAAAUGUGCACACACAUACACUCAUUUUUAAACAUUAAACACUUUUAAACAUAAAAAUGUGACUACAGGGUCGUGGGAAACUGUUAUUAUCAAUUAUAUAUAUUAUAUUAUAUAUAUAUUAUUAUUAUUAUUGUUAUUUGUUUCGGUUGUUAUUUCACAUGUGGGUCGUAUCACACAGGAUGUCGCCCUAAAGAGGCCAGAUUCUUGUUAGCUGUUUAUCGUGUGUUCACGACUCAUGAUGUUAGUUAAAUGAGGAAUUCAGCUCAAUUAAAUGCGUGUUUCUUUCAUGAACAAAAACAUGAUCGACUGUCGCAGAAGGUGAGCGCUCGUGACCUGGUAUCGAGGACCCAUCAGCUUCAGCAGGUAUCGAUUGAUCACGAACUUCUGGAGAAGCUCAUGCGACGGUGACGAUCGAUUGAUUGAUGGGAAAGUCUGAGCCCAUCAACACUAACGACCCGGGAUUAAGGUCAUCCGAAAUAUUGUCCAGGGUCACGUGCCUCGCUCGGGUUCGUGUAAUAGCGUGUUGUUGUUGUUCGAGGCCUGGCGCGCAGACUGUCCGGUGUUUUGAAGUCUGGAUCGUGUGGAAGCGACCAGGAAGAAGGAGAUGCUUUAUCACCUCGAGCCGGAGCGGACUGGCCUUCACACUCCUCCAGAGGCUUCAAUACACGUCCACUACACACGCGCCAGCUCAGGUGGCGCUGCAGGAGGCGCGGAUGCGGCGCAGACCUGGGAGUGAAGGGUGAACGGUAUCUCGGAGCCUGGGCAGACAAUAGGGCCAUUAGCGGGCCAUCAUGGGCCACUCUGCCAGGCACUCGUCGGUGGGUGCUCAGCACAUCAAAGGCAAAAGGGCCACAGGAGUCAGUGAGGAGGACGUCGACCUGAAGACAUGGCUUUUGAUCUGGACUUCUUCGGAGAGUUCCUGGAGACUUCGUUCUACCCCGAGCAGCCGUGGGCCCCUGCCCCCGUGGGAGUCUCUCCACACCUGGACAAGAGGAGCGGAACCCAGGGCGCCAAAGACGGGUCACUGAACGCUCCCAAAUCCACGGACCCCCUGCGCCGCCGGAAGCGCACCACCUUCAGCAGGUCUCAGGUGGCGGAGCUGGAGAGAACCUUCUGCAUGACCCAGUACCCAGACAGCAAGACCAAGCUGAGCCUGGCCAUGAGGACUGGACUCCCGGAGACUAAAAUCCAGGUCUGGUUCCAGAACCGGCGCGCUCGCUACUUCAAGAGUAAGAAGAAGUCCCGAGAGGUCCAGAGGGCUCAGACUCAUCCCUACCUCAGCUACCAGACCGGCAGCCCUCCGUUCUUCCACCCGGCUCCCGCUUUCCCGGCCACCUCCAGCCCCGGCUCGCUCCUCUCGGGCUACCCUGCCAUGUGCGCCCCUCAGGCCGCCCUCCAGAGCGCGCCCGUGCUCCACCAGCAGCUUCCGGAUUUCGCCCAGUACUUCCAGGACGGGUUCGACGAUCUGGGUCGGAUCACUGAAGACCUCCAGGCUUUCCUGCAACCUGCUGCUCACCCACAGGAAGUGGAGCCUCGGCAGGGCGAGCGCAGCCACUCCGGGACCGAGGACUCUUUGGACGAUCUGUCCGACUUGUGCUUCAAGGACCUUUGUGAUUUCAACCUGUCGGAUCUGGACCUGUCUGCUGCGAUGAUCGAUUAUCUGAUGGACUGAUGCUGCACUUUCGCCCACUUUUCACCAACGCGCACGUUACUAGAGUAUUUAUGGCGACUCCGCCGUUCUACGUAUUUAUUGUAUAUCCACACAG